AUGUUCAAGCUUGCUCGCGGUAGACCCGUUGCGGCGGCCUUCAAGGCUGCGACACAACCCUCCAUCCAGAGCAGACUCGCUUUGCAGAAGCGAAACCUUUCCAUCCACGAGUACCUCUCCGCAAGGCUCCUUAAGUCGUACGGUGUCGGUGUCCCCAAGGGUGAGGUCGCUAACAACGCCGAAGAGGCCGAGGCUAUUGCCAAGUCCAUCGGUGGUGGUGAUCUUGUUAUCAAGGCCCAGGUUCUCGCCGGUGGCCGUGGUAAGGGUCAGUUCGACAAUGGUCUCAAGGGUGGUGUCCGCGUUAUCUACUCUCCUACCGAGGCCAAGAUGUUCGCUGGCCAGAUGAUCGGUCACAAGCUCGUUACCAAGCAGACCGGCGCUGCCGGCCGUAUCUGUAACUCGGUCUACAUUUGCGAGCGCAAGUUCGCCCGCCGUGAAUUCUACCUCGCUGUUCUCCUUGACCGUACCACCCGUGGUCCCGUCAUCGUCUCAUCCUCCCAGGGUGGUAUGGAUAUCGAGGCCGUCGCCAAGGAGAGCCCCGACGCCAUCACAACCACCCCCAUUGAUAUCCACGUCGGUGUGACUGACGAGAUCGCCCGCACUAUCGCCACCGACCUUGGAUUCUCCGAGCAGUGCAUCGAGGAGGCCAAGUCCACCAUCCAGAACCUCUACAAGUGCUUCAUGGAGCGCGAUGCUACCCAGCUCGAGAUCAACCCCCUGUCCGAGACCUCCGAUCACCAGGUCUUGGCCAUGGACGCCAAGCUUGGAUUCGACGACAACGCCGAGUUCCGUCAGAAGGAGGCUUUCUCGUGGCGCGAUGUUUCCCAGGAGGAUGCUGAUGAGGUCAAGGCCGCUGAGCACGGUCUCAACUUCAUCAAGCUCGAUGGUGACAUCGGCUGCCUCGUCAACGGUGCCGGUCUCGCCAUGGCCACCAUGGAUAUCAUCAAGCUUAACGGCGGUAGCCCCGCUAACUUCCUCGAUGUCGGCGGUGGUGCCACCCCCGCUGCCAUCAAGAGCGCCUUCGAGCUGAUCACCAGCGACCCCAAGGUGUCCGCCGUCUUCGUUAACAUCUUCGGUGGUAUCGUCCGCUGUGACGCCAUUGCCCAGGGUUUGAUCAACGUCGUCCAGGAGAUGAACUUGCGCACCCCCAUCAUUGCCCGUCUGCAGGGUACCAACAUGGAGCAGGCCCACAAGCUGAUCAACGAGUCCGGCCUCAAGAUCUUCUCCAUCGAGGACCUCCAGAACGCCGCUGAGAAGUCCGUCCAGUUCUCCAAGGUCGUCAAGAUGGCCCGCGAGAUCGACGUCGGUGUUGAGUUCACCCUCGGCAUCUAA